AUCCUUCUCCAUCACCUUCUGAUUAAAGCUUCAUUCCACCAAACUCAACAGCCUUUCCCAAUUCUAUUUCAUAUUCAUCAAAAACAACACUUAUAUUCCUUGAUUUUGUCUCUCAAAUCAUUUCCACAUAUAUAUUUCCAUGCUUGGAAAUCUUCUUGAGAAAAUACUUUGGGGAGAAUUAUAAACCUACUAUUUGCAGAAGGUGGCAAAGUAAAGAUGAUGGAAUCUGGAAUUCCCAUAUGCAAGACUUGUGGAGAACAAGUGGGAUUAAACUCCAAAGGUGAAGUCUUUGUGGCCUGUAAUGAAUGCAAUUAUCCCAUUUGCCAACAUUGUCUGGAUUACGAGAUCAAGGAAGACCGUACCUCCUGCAUCCGCUGUGCCACUCCUUACGCUGAAGAUGGUGCAGCAGUGGCUGAAGAAUCCGGCAAUCAUAUUCCGACUAUACAUACUUCUCAGGAAACUGGAGUUCAUGCUAGAAAAACCAGUACUGUUUCCACAAUAGACAGUGAAUAUAUGGAUGAUUCUGGAAAUCCGAUAUGGAAGAAUCGCGUGGAAAGUUGGAAAGACAAGAAGAAUAAGAAGAACAAAGCUCCGAAAAAGGAUAAAAAAGCAGAAAUAGUUCCAUCUGAACAGCAAAUGGAUGACCAACCUCCCAACACGUCAGUGGAUGCUUCUCAGGCUCUUUCCAGAGUAAUCCCUAUACCGAAAUCCCAGCUCACAGCAUACAGAGCUGUGAUCAUCAUGCGACUCAUCAUCCUCGCCCUUUUCUUCCAAUAUCGUGUCACGCAUCCUGUUGACAGUGCCUUUGGUCUAUGGCUGACUUCUGUCAUUUGUGAGAUAUGGUUCGCCUUCUCUUGGGUGCUCGAUCAGUUCCCCAAAUGGUGUCCUAUCAACAGGGAGACCUUCAUUGACCGCUUGUCUGCCAGGUAUGAGCGCGAGGGGGAGCCGUCUGAGCUUGCUGCUGUCGAUUUCUUUGUGAGUACAGUGGAUCCAUUGAAGGAGCCUCCUUUGAUAACAGCAAACACAGUCCUCUCAAUCCUCGCAGUGGAUUAUCCAGUUGAUAAAGUUUCUUGCUAUGUAUCUGAUGAUGGUGCAGCCAUGCUUACCUUCGAGUCCCUUGUGGAGACGGCUGAUUUUGCAAGGAAAUGGGUGCCCUUCUGCAAGAAAUUCGCCAUUGAGCCUCGUGCCCCAGAGUUCUACUUCUCACAAAAGAUUGACUACUUGAAGGAUAAAAUCCAGCCUUCCUUUGUCAAGGAACGCAGAGCAAUGAAAAGAGACUACGAAGAGUAUAAAGUUCGGAUAAACGCUUUAGUAGCAAAGGCCCAGAAAACACCAGAUGAAGGGUGGAUCAUGGCUGAUGGAACAUCUUGGCCGGGAAAUAAUUCCCGCGAUCAUCCUGGAAUGAUUCAGGUGUUUUUAGGAAACACGGGCGCACACGAUACAGAUGGCAAUGAGCUGCCGAGGUUGGUUUAUGUCUCUAGAGAGAAGAGACCUGGUUACCAACAUCACAAGAAGGCUGGUGCAGAAAAUGCUCUGAUAAGAGUUUCUGCGGUUCUAACAAACGCACCGUACAUACUCAAUCUUGAUUGUGAUCACUAUGUGAACAACAGCAAAGCUAUUCGCGAGGCAAUGUGUUUCUUCAUGGAUCCUCAAGUUGGCCGCGACGUCUGCUAUGUGCAGUUCCCCCAGAGGUUUGAUGGCAUUGACAAGAGCGAUCGAUAUGCCAACCGUAACACAGUUUUCUUCGACGUAAACAUGAAAGGGUUGGAUGGAAUUCAAGGACCAGUGUAUGUCGGGACAGGAUGUGUCUUCAACAGACAAGCCCUUUACGGCUAUGGCCCUUCAAACCUUCCCACUCUGCCUGCCAAGUCAUCGUCAUCGUCUUGCUGCUGCUGUCGUAGAAAGAAGCCCGCGAAAGAGAAGGAUUUCGCAGAGACGUAUCGUGAUGCCAAGAGAGAAGACCUCAACGCUGCCAUCUUCAACCUCAGAGAAAUCGACAAUUACGAUGAACACGAGAGGUCGAUGCUCAUCUCGCAGAUGAGCUUCGAGAAGACCUUCGGGUUGUCUAGCGUCUUCAUCGAGUCAACACUGCUGGAAAACGGAGGAGUGGCUGAUUCCGCGAAUCCAUCAACGCUGAUCAGAGAAGCAAUCCAUGUGAUCGGGUGCGGGUAUGAAGAGAAAACGACAUGGGGGAAAGAGAUCGGUUGGAUCUACGGGUCGGUUACAGAGGAUAUUCUGACGGGAUUCAAGAUGCAAUGCCGCGGGUGGAGAUCAAUCUAUUGUAUGCCGUUGAGGCCGGCGUUCAAGGGAUCGGCGCCGAUCAACUUGUCGGACAGGCUGCACCAGGUUCUGCGAUGGGCGUUGGGAUCCGUCGAGAUCUUCCUGAGCAGACAUUGCCCCUUGUGGUACGGCUUCGGCGCCGGCCGCCUCAUGUGGCUGCAGCGCCUCGCCUACAUCAACACCAUUGUUUACCCUUUCACCUCUCUCCCUCUCGUCGCGUACUGCACCCUCCCCGCGAUAUGCCUCGUCACCGGCAAAUUCAUCAUCCCCACGCUGUCGAAUCUGGCGAGCGUGCUGUUUCUAGGGCUUUUCAUCUCGAUCAUCCUGACGAGCGUGAUCGAGCUACGGUGGAGCGGCGUGAGCAUCGAGGCACUGUGGCGUAACGAGCAGUUCUGGGUGAUCGGCGGCGUGUCGGCGCACCUGUUCGCGGUGUUCCAGGGGUUCCUGAAAAUGCUGGCGGGGGUGGACACGAACUUCACGGUGACGGCGAAGGCGGCGGACGACGGGGAGUUUGCGGAUCUGUAUGUAUUCAAGUGGACGACGGUCCUGAUCCCGCCGACGACGAUCCUGAUCAUGAACCUGGUGGGAGUGGUGGCGGGAUUCUCGGACGCGCUGAACAGCGGGUACGAGUCGUGGGGCCCGCUGUUCGGGAAAGUGUUCUUCGCGUUUUGGGUGAUUCUUCAUCUAUAUCCGUUCCUGAAAGGUCUGAUGGGGCGGCAGAAUCGGACUCCAACCAUAGUUGUGCUGUGGUCGGUGCUUCUGGCCUCUGUUUUCUCUCUGAUAUGGGUGAAGAUCGAUCCCUUCGUCAGCACCAAUGAUGCGUCGGCGGCUGCGGCCAGCUGCAUCUCCAUUGAUUGUUAGCUCUUUUCAAAUUUACCGCCACCAAUAAUGGGAACUCUUUAUAAGUUGAUAGUAAUUCAAAUUUUUGGGACUUAUUUUGUGAAAGAAUGAUGAUCCACAUGUUUGCUUAGAUUGAUUACUCUUUUAAUUUUAAUGUGAAUACGUGGGUUACAACAGA